AUUUACCCUGUCGGUUUAGUUCCUGGUUGCAUAAAGUGAGGUAUUCAACUCUGUCCAGGUUGUUGGUUUUCUCGUCGUUAAGCUAAACAGGCAUUUUGUUUCCACCAAUAUGUUCAAAGGUUUAGGGACGUGGUUGGGUUUGGAGAACCCGCCGUACACGAAGACGCCGGACGACAAAGAAAACCUGUCUGUGGAGCAGGAAGAGAAGGUGGUGGAAGCACAGAACGAGGUAAACAAACAGCAGCCAGCUGACCAGGAUGGAGGACCAGAGGCGGACCAGGAAAACUCUGAGCAGGGCAAAGGACUUAGUGAUUUCAUCUUCAGUUUCGCCUCCAGUGCCACGAAGAAGAUCUCGGAGUCAGUGGUAGAGACAGCUCAGACCAUCAAGAAGACUGUGGAAGAGGGGAAAAUCGACGGCAUCAUAGACAAGACUUUUCUAGGAGACUUCCAAAAGGAGCAAGAGAAGUUUGUCCAAGAGAAGAAGGCAAAAAAAUCAGACUCAGCAGUCCCACCUUGGGUCGGCUACAAUGAGGAGGAGACAAUCCAGCAACAGAUCCUUGCUCUGUCAGCUGACAAGAGAAAUUUCUUGCGAGACCCUCCCGCUGGCGUUCAGUUCCACUUCGACAUGGAGCAGAUGUAUCCUCUGGCUGCAGUGAUGCUGGAGGAAGACCAGCUGCUCAACCGCAUGCGCUUUGACUUGGUUCCUAAACAUGUGAAGGAGGAGGUCUUCUGGAGGAAUUACUUCUACCGGGUGUCUCUGAUCAAGCAGUCGGCUCAGCUCACAGCGCUGGCAGCCCAGCAGCAGCAGCAGCAGCAGCAGCAGAAGGACGGUGAGGACACAGGGGCCAGCGUUUCACCUGAGGACAUCGUCUUAACAGACAACGUCAGACCAAAAACUCCACCAGUUUCCAUCAGCGACAUACAGAAGACACCUCAAGAAGAAGAGGAGGAGAUGUCGACAAGUCCUGGAGUGUCCGAGUUUGUGAGCGACGCUUUCGACUCGACGGCCAUCAACCAGGAGGACCUGAGGAAAGAGAUGCAGCAGCUGGUGCUGGAUAAGAAGGAGAGCGUCCCCUCUCCUGACGAUGAGUCAGCAGACUGGGAGAAGGAGCUGCAGCAGGAGCUUCAGGAGUACGAGGUGGUGUCCGAGUCAGACAACAAAGACGACCAGUGGGAUCAAGAGAUCGAGAAGAUGCUCCAGGCUGAUGAAAACUAGACAAAGCCCCUGUGUUUGUCUCCUGUACGGUGAUCUGGCCCAGAAUGGAUGACCAGCGAUGCACAAGGGGAUGAACUUCUACAUCCUCUGCCCCACCCAACUGUGAUUACUGUCAUGUAAACAUUCUCUUGUACCUGAUGAAGAUGUAGAUCCAAUAACAGCAAGAGUGUGUAGCCUCUGCUGGCAACAGUGGUUAUGUUCAGGUGUAUUAGUAAACAGUGCUACUUUAUUGCUCCUUCCUAAAUUGGUUUUAUCAACAUGCUCUCCUCUACUCUGUCUCAUUGUGACGGGGAAAAUCCUCUAGAGGGCACUCCAGUACAAGUACCAUGAAUUUUAUAAUAGAGGAAGGGCCUGUUUGAGUUUUAUCUGUUUCCCCUGCUGCUUUCUGGUGGGUUGUACAGUAAAGUCUUAGUAUAGUUACAGUAGACUCAAAUGUAAAGUUAGAUUUAUGUAAAUAAAGCUGAUUCUAACACUACACUAAACUUCACGUUGCAUUUCCCUUUCAGUACACUUGCUUGUCAUUUUACAUUUUGUAUUGCAUUUUGACAAACCCGUGUGCAUGUCUGCUUUGUUUUGUUUCUCUGCUACUUAAAAUACUGUACAUUUUCUGUUUUAUCUGUCAUCCUUUCAUAAAUAUGUAUCUGUUUAUUAUGGACAAUAUACAUCAUGUUUAAAUUAGAAACAAAGCCCAGGGUGACUUAACUUUUAAAAUGAUAAAAUAGUGUUUUUGUGAUUUUAAAAAAAAGUAAAAAGUCUUUUUAUGAAGCUGCAAUGUGGCAUAUUUAUGUUUUGUUUGUACCAGUACAAAACAAGCUUGAGAUCCUUGUCUUGUACAUUUAAUUUGAUUCCCCAUGAAGUCCCCACCCAUUGAUGUAGAAUAAACACUAACAAAACAA